GUCGUCAGAUUUCAGAGUUCGGUAGUGCGGUUACUAUUACCAUGAACUGCGCGAGCCUGCUGCUCCUGCUCUGCGUCCUCCUCCUCGCCGCGCUCGGCCCCUUCGCCGCCGCUGCACGCAGAGAACCAACAAUGGCGGCCACCGGCGACCAAGGAGAUAGUGCUCAGGCCAAGCUGGCCUGGAUGGGAAUGGCCCCUGCAAAGGGUCUAAAGCAGAGGGUGAUCAUGAGGAAGCAGGAGAGUACAGACUCUAACCGUUUCAGGACCAGAAAGUUUUCCUCGACUGCCAAGAAUCCAUUCGACGGCCGGUUGCCCUUCACCGCCGAUUACCACAACGUGCGCAGGCACCCGCCCUCGCACAACUAGGCGGACCUCAGCUCAGUGUACGUACUACUACUGGCUAGCUAAGCUGGUUGGUUGCUUGGAAAUACAGUUAGCUUAUAGAGUAACAGUAACUACUAAGCUGUAUAACACUUUCUCAUCCUCUCUGUUCUCUCUAUUCUUUGGCCCUUCUACGUAGUACCACUAGUAUGUUAGUGGCCUUGUCAGCUAUGGAUUUGCUGACGUUUUGUUAGUACUGGCCACGUCCUAGUAAUGAUAUCCUAUAUACUACAGCAUAAGCUGUUUUUUCUUACAGUGUAGUACUGCAUAAGCUGUUAA